UAUAAAAUUCCCACCCUUUUAAGUGUUGUGAAAGAUAACAUUGCAAAGAUAUUACUAAUAAUACAUAUGUAUUGAAGACAACUGAAGAUAAAAUUUGGAAAUUGAUCGGUCUUUCUUCUUGGAACCUUUCUCGAAAUUUUUCCAAAAUGAAAACCAUAAUCUACGCAACGCUUCUUUGUAUUUGUGGAACUACAUUUUGCAAAGAUGAGGAGCUCCAGAAAAGAGUGAACGAUUACAUAGAUGAUUUCAUUCAAAAAGCUACAAAUGGAUCUGGCGGAUUCAUCGAUCCUUUGCCUUUGGAUGAACUUAAAAAGGGAUUCGAAAGAGAAAUUGGAUUUGUUCGAGUGAAAGGCGAAGCAAAGCUCUAUAAUGGGAAAAUUUAUGGUCUUUCUACCAUGAAAAGAAAAGGAAAUGCUACUGUUCUCGACUUGGAUGAUAUGCUAAUCAUCUCUACUGAACUGAUUUUCAAAAAACUCAACGCAACUUAUAAAGGAGCCUUAUUGCUAAAUGAUGCUGGACCUACGAUUUCAUUGAACGCUAAAGUUGGUCGUUCUCAAGUAUCAAUGAUCAUUAUUGCACCUGCAGAAGGUGGAAAAGCUGAAAUGAUGUCUUUCAGCAUCAAUAAGUUGCAAGACAUUCGUGUUAGCAUCUGGGGAUUAGGACCCAUGGGUUGGGCUGCUAGUAUCAUGAGCACUUUAGCCUUAAAUGCUCUAGAAAAACCCGUGGCAAAAGCAUCUUCCAUAAAAGUAAUGGAACAUUUUAUGAAGGAAAUUGAAAAGGUGCCUUUCCCUGGAAAAGCAGCUGAAUAAAUAUAUAUAAUUAACAUUCUCUACCUCCCUUGCUAUUUUUCAUUUGAUUUGAGUCACUCUGAAUGCUUAUGGCAGUAGAUUAAUAAAUUAUUUUAUUUGAAA